CCGCUUUUCCGGCCAGAUGUUGGGAGGCUCUACAUGGCGAUGCUAGGCCGUGUCCUCUUUGCUUGGGGCCGCGGUCCUCGGCGGUUUUUUAGGUAUGGAACAAAAAUAUUAUAUCAAAACAAUGAAGAUUUUCAGUCUAAAUUCUUUCCACCCUUGCAAAAAGUGAUGCUACCACCAAAUAGUUUUCAAGGAAAAGUAGCAUUCAUUACUGGGGGAGGUACUGGCCUUGGUAAAGGAAUGACAACUCAUCUGUCCAGCCUAGGUGCACAGUGUGUGAUAGCCAGCCGAAAAAUUGAUGUUCUGAAAGCAACUGCAGAACAAAUUUCUUCUCAAACUGGAAAUAAGGUUCAUGCAAUUCAGUGUGAUGUGAGGGAUCCUGGUAUGGUGCAAAGCACUGUGUCAGAGCUGAUCAAAGUCGUAGGACAUCCUGAUAUUGUGAUAAACAAUGCAGCAGGGAAUUUUAUUUCUCCCACUGAAAGACUGUCUCCUAAUGCUUGGAAGACCAUUACUGACAUAGUUCUAAAUGGCACAGCCUUUGUGACACUAGAAAUUGGAAAGCAACUAAUCAAAGCACAGAAAGAGGCACAGGCCUGGCACCCACUCGGAGCACCAACACUCUGUCAGCCACAUGGCUCAGAAGAAAAGGGAGGAAAAAAAGAGAAAAGGAAAGAAAAAAACAGGUCUCUUGCAGCUGAAUGGGGUAAAUAUGGAAUGAGAUUCAACGUGAUUCAACCGGGGCCUAUAAAAACCAAAGGUGCCUUUAGCCGUCUUGACCCAACUGGAGCUUUUGAGAAAGAAUUGAUUGACAGAAUUCCCUGUGGUCGGCUAGGAACUGUGGAAGAACUUGCAAAUCUUGCUGCUUUCCUUUGUAGUGAUUAUGCUUCUUGGAUUAAUGGAGCUGUAAUUAGAUUUGAUGGUGGUGAGGAAGUAUUUAUUUCAGGGGAAUUCAACAGUCUGAGGAAGGUAAUACCAUUUUGUCACCAGGGAGCAGUGGGACACAAUAGAAGGACUCAUCAGGAAGACGAAAGGCUCCUAAGACUACUCCGGCCUUCAUCUUGGUUAUAAUGGAAAUUAUACAAACUGUCUAUAAUCUUUUGAAUAUUUUCAAGUCUAAUAAAUUGUUACAUAGCAAA